AUUUCACACCUUUUUUUUAAUUUGACAUCAACCCUUGAAGAGGAAGCUUUACCGUUCCCAAGUCACCUUUUCACUGUCUCAGAAACCACACUAGCAGUAUGGAGAAUAAAUAACCUUUCUGUUACUUAAAAAGUUUAUAACUCUCUUCGACCUAUCACCAUUAAAACCCAUAACAGAAAACCUCUCUCCAUAAAUUUCCAAACUUUAAAUUAGCCCUUAUCUCAUCUAUAUGUUACUGUUUGCUUUCAAUAUUUGUUUUAUUAUUUUCACUUUCUUACAACCAAAAAAUAACUUCUACCCUACAUUGAUUCACCAAUCCUGAAAUUAGACAUCUAAAAAAGUUGGCUUUUUUUUUUUAUUUGUUCAUUUCUGUUAUACCACCUUUUGACUCUUUGUUUCGAGUUUUAUUUAUUCAUUUUGGUUCCCUAUUUAUUUAAGAACAUGAGCAAUCUGUAUUGAAAAUCGCAAUUGAUGCUCUGUCAAAUUCCCAUAGAGGUGCAUAAAAGAUUUGAUUUUUCACUCGGGGGCUCCUCUCAUCUGGGUUUCUCUCUCUCUUGGAGUUCAAAGUUUGCUAUUUCUGUAGUUGCUUUUGUAAGAACCCAGAAUUUAAGCUCCUGUUAAGCACAACAAGAUUUAGCCUUUCUUGUUCUGUUACUUUGUCGGAUUUUGAAAAGAUGGGUAGCAAAGUAUUUGAAUUGCUCUUCUGGGUUUCUUCACUCUUGUGUUGGGCAUGCUUUGCUGGAGGAUUUACACCGGCAGACAAUUACCUUAUUGAUUGUGGAUCACCUACUAAUACUACAGUGGGUGAUCGAGUGUUUAUGGCUGAUAACUUAGCCUCAAAAUUCCUUUCUGUACAAGAAAAUAUUCUUGGAAACACUUCAAAUGCUGUUACCUCCUCUGAUGAUUCGCGCCUCUAUCAAACGGCAAGAAUAUUUACUGGUGUCUCUAGGUACACAUUUUCUAUCAGCCAACGAGGAAGACACUGGAUUCGCCUUUAUUUCUAUCCAUUUGUUUAUGCUAGUUAUAAUAUGAGUGUGGCAAAGUUCGCUGUUUCCACAGAAAACCAUGUCCUUCUCAGCAGUUUCAGUGUGCAAGCUCCUUUUGUCAAAGAAUUUUCUGUUAAUGUAACCUCCAAUAGCCUUGUCAUCAUAUUCAGUCCUUCAGAGAAUUCAAUUGCUUUUAUAAAUGCCCUAGAAGUUGUUUCAGUCCCUGAUCAGCUCAUUCCAGACACUGCCAGUUCUGUUGAAUCAUCAUCAGGAUUCCAAGGCCUGAUGUGGCAGGCACUGGAGACGGUUGCUAGGGUGAAUAUGGGGGGACCUACGGUCUCGUUUGAGAAUGAUACUCUUUGGCGAACAUGGGUCCCUGAUCAGCGUUUUCUUGUAGAAAAAAAUCUUGCCUUAAAUGUAUCAAAUACUAUGGCUGUCAAGUAUGUGGAUGGAGGGUCAACACCAGAUAUUGCUCCAAAUUCUGUCUAUGGUACCUGCACCAGGAUGAACUCCUUGAAUGACCCCAACAGCAACUUCAAUGUGACCUGGGAAUUCGAUGUGGAUCCUGGAUUUCGGUACCUUCUUAGGUUUCACUUUUGUGAUAUUGUCAGCAAUGCUCUUAACCAGCUAUACUUCAAUGUUUUUAUUGACUCCUGGAUGGUUGUUCGAGACCUUGAUCUCAGUAUUUUGGUUAACAUUUUGGGCGGUGCAUACUAUAUGGAUUAUGUUACGGAGUCAGCUACUAGAAAUAAGCUUCGAGUAAGCGUUGGCCCAUCUAAUUUACAUAAUACUUACCCAGAUGCCAUACUAAAUGGGCUGGAAAUCAUGAAAAUGAACAACUCUGAUGGCAGCCUUACUGGCUUGGGAACUGUCAAUACUUCUGGUUCAAGAUCAAAGAAGAAAAUCGGUGCUAUAGUGGGUGUGAGCAUUGGGGUAGCUUGUGGAGUGCUGUUGGCAGGGGUUCUCUUUAUGUUUUGUAGAAAAAGAAGACGAUUGUCACGCCAGAGGCAAUCAAAGACAUGGAUUCCUUUUUCAAUUAAUGGAGGAACUUCUCACACUAUGGGAAGCAAAUACUCCAAAGGAACAACUACCAGUCUCAAUUCUAAUACCAGCUAUCACAUUCCUUUUCUGGCUGUUCAAGAAGCCACAAACAACUUUGAUGAAAGUUGGGUUAUUGGGAUAGGAGGUUUUGGUAAGGUGUACAAGGGAGAACUGAAUGAUGGUACAAAAGUUGCUGUUAAAAGAGGAAAUCCACGGUCCCAACAAGGACUUGCUGAGUUCCAGACUGAAAUUGAGAUGCUAUCCCAGUUCCGCCACCGUCAUUUGGUUUCUUUGAUUGGCUAUUGUGAUGAAAAGAAUGAGAUGAUCUUGAUUUAUGAAUAUAUGGAGAAUGGAACACUCAAGAGUCAUCUCUACGGCUCUGAUCAUCCAAGUUUAAGUUGGAAACAGAGGCUUGAAAUAUGCAUUGGAGCAGCUAGAGGACUCCACUACCUUCACACAGGCUAUGCAAAAGCAGUUAUUCAUCGUGAUGUUAAGUCUGCAAAUAUCUUACUUGAUGAGAAUCUCAUGGCCAAAGUUGCCGAUUUUGGGCUGUCAAAGACAGGUCCUGAAAUUGAUCAGACCCAUGUCAGUACGGCAGUGAAAGGAAGUUUUGGAUACCUGGAUCCAGAAUAUUUCAGAAGGCAACAACUGACUGAAAAAUCUGAUGUAUAUUCAUUUGGAGUGGUUUUGUUUGAAGUUCUUUGUGCAAGACCAGUAAUAGAUCCAACUCUUCCAAGGGAAAUGGUAAAUCUAGCUGAAUGGGCAAUGAAAUGGCAGAAGAGAGGACAGUUGGAGCAAAUAAUUGAUCGUAAUCUCAUAGGAAAUAUCUGGCCUGAAUCUCUUAGGAAGUUUGGAGAAACUGCUGAGAAGUGCUUAGCUGAUUUUGGUGUCGACAGGCCUUCCAUGGGAGAUGUCUUAUGGAAUCUAGAGUAUGCUCUUCAACUUCAGGAGGCUGUUGUUCAAGGCGAUCCUGAAGAAAACAGUACAAACAUGAUUGGCGAGCUUUCUCCACAAAUCAACAAUUUCAGUCAGCUUGAUCUCUCUGUUUCUUCUGCACAGGUUCAGGUGGCAAGUGUGGAUGACCUCUCAGGUGUUUCAAUGAGUAAAGUGUUCUCUCAGCUGGUGAAGUCUGAAGGCAGGUGACUUGUAUGAGGUGGAAAAUCCUAUAGGUUAAGCUUCUACUUUGACAAUGCUUACAUGGUUUUCUCUGAUCCACCACAGCUUGCCGCAUCGACUAGACAAGAUAGUUUUCUUUAUUUUGUUUAAAAAGGUGGAGUGGUUCAAAUUCCUUUGUUUUUCAUCGGUGGUAUGUCAAUUCUUCAUCCCAUAGCAUGAUGUGUUUUCUUUGGUUUGUCAUCAAACAAACUAGAGAGAAGCUGUUCCCAAACUACAGAUGCAACUGCUUAAAAUCAUUUGUGUUCUAAAAUACUACUGCAUAAGGCGUUGUGAGCUCUUUUAUGUACAGCAGGGAUGUGGGUUUCUAGUGAGUUUUAAGGAAUUGACCGGGAUAUUGCUAUUUAAAAUUUUUCAUAGCUUGUUUGUUUCUGAUUUGCAAUGCCUAUAAUUUAAUUUGCUAUAAAGUGCAUUUCAACUUUUGCAAGUGAUCAGUGUGUGAUUAUUUUCAAAUUGAUAUCUUUCUUGAUUUUAUCCCAUUUUCCACACUGUUGGUGUAAUUUUAUUUGCUGCAUCAACAUGAAAGAUAAAUCUGUUCUAUCAGUUUGUUGCGUAAGCUGACCUGCUAAGUGGCCAAUGCAUAUUUUUGCUUAAGGGCUAAGGCCUCCUGUUUUCUGUUUAAGAUCGGGAAAAUCCACCUGGGAGUUCUUAAAAAGGGACACCUGCUUAUGAAUUUUUUAAGCCGCCUUUCACCAUGGAAAACUUCACACUUCAGGCAAGUUACUGUAAUUAGUUACCCGAAUGACUUGCACCCAAAAUAUAAGCCACAACUUGUAACAGAAGGAAGAGGAUUGAGCCAAUGGCUUUUGUUUCAUUGAAGAACAUAGAUGAUGCAAAUCAAUGGGUGAAUCAUGGAGUCCAUGUUUCAUUUUUUUUUUUAUGAAUCUACGUUGCCCUUGAAUUUCAUCUAACUUGAUUAAUUCCAUUUCCAGUUGUUUAUGAAUCUGCUUUUAAUUUCCCUACUUCAUCAAAGCAGUUCUGCCUUUGUAUUUUGUACAGCAUUUGCAGUUGUCUGAUGAAUGGUUGAACAACCCUGCAUCAAAUCUACUUAGCAUAUGGGUAUCACUCUCUCCAGAUAUUCAAACCAACUAUAUUUAUAUCCUGCAUGAUUCACAACUAAUUAAGUUAUGAUAAAAUUUGGAAGCUCAAAUAUUAGCAUUAGAUAGGAUUAAGAAAUAAGAACCAAGCAAAGGCAACCCUUUUUUCUUGUUUCAUUUUUU